AUGGAGGACGAUAGGGAUACACCUGCUGAUGCGAAUAAUCCACGAUAUACCAGCAGUUGUACACCUAGCGCAAGUGUCACGACAAGUGAGUGCGCUAGCGCCCCUGAUAUUUCACUCAAGUCUCUCUUUUGUGUUUCUCUAGGUGAACAAUGGGAAGACGUAUCUGUUGAGAAGCCACCCGAAUAUUCUGAGGAUGUCGUUGGUUUACAUACUUGUGGUGCCUUUCGUUACACAACAACUUCCGAGUCUGAAGUAUUUGAUAGUGUUGCAAUAGAUGAUAUCGAUAAAAGGUGUGACAAAUCAAUGCAUGCCAGCAACUGUAAUACCCCUUCUUUAAGUGCUGUGCUUAGUGUAUCAUUACCGACCCAACGAAGCUCUAAAGAUCUCCGUCAUCGAUUGCAUAGACGUGGGUCUUUACAUCAUUUACAUACCUCAUCUCAAGCAUCUGAUAGAACUAUGAUUGAUCAUGGGUCAUGUGUUGAUGCUAUGAAUUUAUUAACACCAGAUCAAAAAGCCACGGCACGCAGAGAUCUAGUGAAGGCAUACCUUUCACGUUCUUCUGGUGGACGUCUUCGUCAAAGCUUGGGAUCUGAUAAACUUGGAUUUAAAUCACAUUUUGCUCGACAUGAUGAUAGAAGUAACAUUAAUGCCGAAAGUAGCAAAGGUGUUGCAGUAGGUUUUUCUAGUACUCGUUUUAGUUUCGUAGAUUUUGAUGAUGGUCGUGGCGGUGGAGGAAGAGGUGUCGGUGUUGGUGGUGAUAAUGAUACCAGGAAUUCCUCCGCUGUGUGUCGUUCCCGUAGCUGCCCAGUGAAGUUUAAUCAUUUAUUGACAACAACUAGCUCUAAUGACAACCUUGCGCGAACAGUUUCGUAUUUUCCACUGGAGUUACGUGAUUCCUACCAUACGAGUGUAAGACGGAGUAGAAAUGCGGUGGUACCUAUACGUCCCACUGAUGAUAUGAACCAGUACCGGUUAGCCAUUCAAAGUAUAAAGAAAGGAAGGUAUGGCCUUACUUUACGAGAGAUCCUAGCAAACCAGGGUGUUGAUGAUGAUGAUGAUGAUGAUGAUGAUGAUGAUGAUGUUGUUGAGGAGGAGGAUCAAUGUUUAGAGAGUUUUGACUCAUGA